GCCUGUUUGGGAUCCAUUUCCUGCCUCCCUUCCCCACAUUAAUGUCCCUCUGAAGGGCUCCCAGGGCGGGCUGCACAGAGCAGGGUCCCUUGGCCUUCCCAGUGUCCAUGGCUACCCCAGAGACCUUCUCAGGGGCGCUGUCCAGGGUCUGCUCCCUACCUGGCCCAUUCCCUUGUGUCUGCUCACUUACCUACAGGAAUUACCUAUGACCUCCCCACCUCGACUCACAGGGGCCUAGCUCUCCACCCACACCCCUCCCCAGGAAAGCUUCCUCUCAGUCUACACUUCCCUGCUGAAAUGUCCCAAUGGGCCCAUUGCCCAACCGGAAUAAAGUUUAACCACUCACUUUCCCUUACAGAAGCUUUCGUUGACUCCCCACCUGCACGGACCUUUGACUUGGGUCUGCUCAUAAGUAAAGAAUUAAUUGUCCAGUUUCUUAUUUUCCACCUCUUUACCUGGAUAGUUGCUCUGGGGAUCAGAUGCUACAUUGUCCAGCCCAGGGGCUGGCAUAGAGUAGGCACUCAGGUAAAGAGCAAUGAAGAAGGCUUCAGGUUCAUGGAGAGUCUGAGUCACAGCUUCCGUGAUGUUCACCUCUGGUGGAUGGGGCCCUUCUACCCACUUCUGCGGUUCGUCCACCCCAAGUUCGUUGCCCCCCUGCUCCAGGCCCCAGCCACCAUCGUGCCCAGGGACAAGUUUUUCUACAGCUUUCUGAGGCCCUGGCUGGGGGAUGGGCUCCUGCUGACUGCUGGUGACAAGUGGAGCCACCACCGUCAUUUGCUGACGCCUGCCUUCCACUUUGAAAUCUUGAAAUCCUAUGUGAAGAUUUUCAACAAAAGUGCAGACAUCAUGCACGCCAAGUGGAAGCGCCUAGUCUCAGAGGGCAGCACCCGAUUGGACAUGUUUGAGCACAUCAGCCUCAUGACCCUGGACAGUCUGCAGAAAUGUGUCUUCAGUUUUGACAGCAAUUGCCAGGAGAGCGCCAGUGAAUAUAUCGCUGCCAUCUUGGAGCUCAGUGCCCUUGUGGUGAAACGGCAGAGGCAGAUCUUCCUGCACCCGGACUUGCUGUACUACCUCACCCCUGAUGGGCGGCGCUUCCGCAGGGCUUGUGACCUGGUGCACAACUUCACAGAUGCCAUCAUCCAGGAGCGGCGCUGCUCCCUCAUUACUGAGGGCUCCCAUGACUUCCUCAAGGCUAAGGCUAAGGCCAAGACUUUGGACUUCAUUGAUGUGCUCCUGCUGGCCAAGGAUGAAGAUGGGAAGGAACUGUCCCAUGAGGAUAUCCGAGCUGAAGCUGACACCUUCAUGUUUGGGGGCCAUGACACCACGGCCAGUGGUCUCUCCUGGGUCCUGUACAACCUUGCGAAGCACCCAGAGUAUCAGGAGCGCUGUCGGCAGGAGGUGCAAGAGCUCCUGAGGGACCGUGAGCCUAAAGAGAUUGAAUGGGACGACCUGGCCCAGUUGCCUUUCCUGACCAUGUGCAUCAAGGAGAGUCUGCGGUUGCACCCCCCGGUCACAGUCGUCUCCCGCUGCUGUACCCAGGACAUCGUGCUCCCAGAUGGCAGGGUCAUCCCCAAAGGUGUUGUCUGCCUUGUUAGUAUUUUCGGGAUCCACCACAAUCCAUCCGUGUGGCCAGACCCUGAGGUAUACAAUCCUUUCCGCUUUGACCCAGAAAACAUCAAGGAAAGGUCUUCCCUGGCUUUUAUUCCCUUCUCCGCGGGGCCCAGGAACUGCUUGGGGCAGACGUUCGCCCUGACGGAGAUAAAGGUGGUCCUGGCGCUCACGCUGCUGCGCUUUCGGGUCCUGCCCGACAAGGAGGAGCCUCGCAGGAAGUGGGAGCUCAUCCUGCGCGCCGAGGGCGGGCUUUGGCUGCGGGUGGAGCCGCUGAGCGCGGGCCCCCAGUGACCCGCCAGCUCCCCCUGGCUUGGGAUCCACCCCGACCCUACACACGCCCCCUGGCGGAUUCCCAGGACUAGAACUGGGUGGUCUCCUCUGCCGGGGCGCCACUGACAGCCUGCAGGGGGCGCUGGGAACCAGGGCGAGGGCCAGGGCGAGGGGUGGGGUGGAGGGGAGGCUGGUGUGUGAGCUCAAGACCCUGACAGCCUUUCCGGCUGAUCACGCCCCCCCGCCCCCCCACCCGCCAUGCUGAUUGCGGGUUCUCCCACAGCCCAAUAAGGGCUUUUAUCCUGUAGGCAAUAGGGUGGCAUGGGAGGAGUUUGAGUAGGAGAGGGACCACCAUUAAGGACUGACUGAGGGGCAUGUUUGAAGCUCUGGGUCACAGUGGAGAACCCAUAGUGGCACUACUCUCUGGCCACUCUGACCUCUGUUCCUAUCUAAUAUACCCAAACUUUUCUUACCCCAGAAUCCUUCACUAUGUUUCCAUGGUCACUAUGUUCACUGAAACAUAAAUGCUUUCUCCUGUG